AUGAGUAGUAGGAUCCCAGACCAAAUUCACUAUCUUCAUAGGCUGGUUUCCAUUUUUGACGAGUCAUGUCUGCGCAAUCUCCGCAUGGACCGCAACGCUUUCGGACGCCUAUGCUACGUGCUUCAGUACUCAGGUGGUAUGACCCCGACCAAAAACCUAAGUGUCCCCGAACAGGUAGCGAUUUUCCUUAGCAUUCUGUCCCAUCACAAAAAGAACAACGUCGUCAAGCAUGAUUUUAUACGUUCUAAGCGCACGAUCCACAAACAUUUUCACCGUGUCCUGAAUUUAGUGAUUAAGUUGUACAACGUCCUCUUGGUCAGGCCAACUCCAAUUACGGACGAAUGCAUUGACUCCCGGUGGAAAUGGUUCAAGGGCUGUCUGGGGGCAUUGGAUGGGACUUUCAUUAACGUACGCGUACCUGAAGAGGAAAAGGGAAGGUACCGAACCCGCAAGGGUCAUGUUGCUGUCAACGUUCUCGAGAAUUACUACUUGUGUGACAAUGGAUACACAAAUGCUGAAGGCUUCUUGACUCCGUACAGAGGUGUGCGCUACCAUCUACGAGAUUGGGACACUGGAGUAGUAGGACCCCAGAACCAUCGGGAGUUUUUCAAUCUAAAGCACGCGUCAGCUCGUAACAUCAUCGAGCGUACCUUUGGUUUGCUUAAAAUGCAUUGGGGUAUUUUAAGGAGUCACUCAUUCUACUCCAUCAAGGUCCAAACCCGGAUUAUAUUGGUGUGCUGCUUAUUGCAUAACUUUCUAAGACAGGAAAUGCCUGAUAACCCGUUGGAAGAUGAGUUGCCUACCAUAGGAGUUGAAGAGACGGAAAACAACGGGGAAACAGUCUGGAAUAUAGAGCCCAAUCCAACGUGGACCAAUUGGAGGGAUACACUGGCCACGUCCAGAUACAACGAGUGGAGAAGCCACUGA